CCGCCUGACAUGAUCCGCCCUUUUUAUCUUUUCUUUUGUUCCAUUCAACAAUAUUUUUCAAAAGUACAACAGUUGAGUCCCACUUCCACACAAAUUCCUGCACAGCCCGAAAACACCGCGAGACUCGACCCAGAUUUUUUUCCCUGAACUCUAUAAAUGCGCUUCAAAUCCCUCAUCAUGAAUCCAAAUGCGUAGUUGUACGCUCAGAAUGUCAAGCCAAGUGGAAAAAAAGCUCGUGGAUGAGGUCUCAGGAUGGCUCAAACUUUUCUCCGACGGCUCAGUGGAGCGCACCUGGACCGGCGCAGACGAAGUGAAGCCCCUCAUCACGGCCGUCCCUCCUUCAAACGACACUUUCAUUGAUGGUGUGGCCACCAAACACGUUGCAGUUGACGAAGAAAAUGGUGUCUGGAUCCGAAUUUAUUUGCCUCGUACGGUCCAGAACAGAGAAACCCAUAAUAAAUUGGGCGUCGCGAUCCAUUUCAAAGGCGGCGGUUUUUGCGUGAGCCAUGCGGACUGGCAAAUGUAUAAUCAUAUUUACUCGCGCUUCGUAACGGCCUCCAAUGUGAUCUGCGUCUCCGUGGACUACAGGCUUGCUCCCGAGCACCGACUCCCGGCGGCGAUCGACGACUGUUUCGCCGCCGUUGCGUGGCUCGGAAAAAUUGCUCGCGGGGAAAAAGAGGAAUCGUGGCUCACUCAACAUGCGGAUUUCGAUCGGUGCGUGUUGAUCGGUGACAGCGCGGGUGGGAAUCUGGUGCACCAAGUGGCCGUAAGGGCCGUGGCUUGUGAAGAAGAGCUACGACCUCUUUGUCUGCGGGGCUGCGUGGCCUUACACCCGGGGUUUGUUCGAUCGGAGCGCAGCAAAUCGGAGCUCGAAGUUUCGCCCGAUUCGGCGCUUUUGACGCUGGAAAUGGUGGAUAAAUUUCUGGGCCUUGGGUUGCCCGUGGGGAGCACGAAAGAUCACCCGAUAACGAAUCCGAUGGGGGCUCAGUCCCAGCCAUUGGACAAGGUGAAGUUUCCUCCUUUUCUUGUGGGGGUUGCGGAGAGAGAUCUGAUGAGGGAUACGCAGAUGGAGUAUUGUGAGGCCAUGAGAAGCGCAGGACAUGAGGUAGAAAUUGUUGUGUCGGAGAAGGUGAGUCACUGUUUUUAUCUGAACCAGCUUGCUGUGGAUUCUGAUGCCCACGUUGGUGAGGAGACUGCUAAACUUUUGCAGGUCAUUCAUCGCUUCAUCAGUCGCUGCUUUGCCAGAUAAUGUGUCCGAAUGCCGUAACUAUUUGGACCACUGGUGCUCGAAAGCGCGUUCAUUCGGUCCACUCGAUUUUCCUUAAAGCUGCUGUGUAUUUUUUUGGCAAUGGGCACCAUGAUAAAGUACCUGACUGGCCGGAGCACCAAAAGCUUUCGAUCUUUUAAAGAUAUUAGCUUUUAUAGUGUAUGUUUAUUAAUUUCAGAGCUUCUGAUUUGAUAUUGGUUUUUGGGUGUAGUGGUCCUUAUAUGGAUAAUAAUCAUAUUGCUGUGGACUAUAAAAGAAUUUUCAUAUUUUGAGCUUUCUAUUUUAAUACUAGCAAUUUCGUGCUAUAAGUCAUCUAGACUGUGUAACAUCAUGGAAUAUUUUUAUCGUGUUAUUUUAUCUUUUCAAUUUUAAUAAAAAAGUAAAGUUAGGUUUCAA